CUAUGCAGCAAGCAAAAUCCAUGCGAAAAAGUAGUGUUAUAAAAUUGGUGGUAUGAUAUGGGGGUGUGGGAGUGUGUCCACUCCACACCGCCAAGCGAGGCUGAUCUCCCCCCAGCUGCCCUGGGCUGACUCGAGUCGAGUUGGGAGUCCCCUCCAUAGCUGAGCGCCUGAGCUGAGGUGAUAUAGCUCUCCCUCCCUCCACAUACACUGAUACGCCUGCGCUGCACUUGCCUCUGCGAGCAAGUACUGACUGCCCCCCCCAGUUCCUCUGGCCUGUGGCCACUGGCCGCCUGCCUCGUCCUCGGUGGUGGUGGUGGUCUCGCUGCUGUCUCCCUCUGCGGAGCGGCGUGGUGGUGUGUGCUCUCUUCCUCUCCUCGCUAUAAGCUCUGCGGCAUCGUCCGUUUCGCUCGCUUCUCCACCUCGUCGUCUCGUUCUCCCUGCACACAGCACAGCUCAGCUCGGCUCGAGGGUUUCUCUCUCCUCCCUAUCAGGAUAAGCUCCCUCUGCGGUAGGUCCCUGCCGAUCUGUGGCAUUUGCCCUGUUCCCGUGCUUGAUUUGUUGGCUUCUGAGCUGCGGUGGUGGUGCCCCCCCGGGGGCAAUAACUCCCCUUGGUUGGCUGCCACCCUCCCCGCGGCAGAGCGGCCUAUAGGAUGAGUGGGACGGGGGAGGAGGGGGAGCCCAGCAGACCGGCCGCGCCAGUGUCCUGACCGUGAACGACACACCACAGGGUGCUCUCCAGCUCCAGCUCCACGGGCACGGGCGGUGGCUGCCUCUCUCUCUCUGCUGCUUGUUGCUCAGUGGCCGGGAGGAAACAGACGGUGGAGAGAGAGCUCGCCUGGCCCCCGCGCGCGGCGCUCCGUCCAUGGAUUGGGAUCUCAAGAUGCCGGUCUCGUGGGACCUGGCCGAGCUGGAGCACGACGCCGUGCCGGCCAUCGCCGCCGCCGCCGCGCCUCCCGCCGCGGCGGCGUCGGGCAUUGCGACCGUGGCGGCGGCAGCGGCAUCGGCGCGCGGGGCGCCGAGCCGGGCGGAGUGCUCCGUCGACCUCAAGCUCGGCGGGCUGGGCGAGUUCGGCGCCGCAGACCGGAUGAAGGAGCCGGCGGCGCCUGUGUCGGCGGCCGCGGCGGCGGUGGUUCCGUCCGCGAGCCCGAUGAAGCGCCCGCGUUCGGGCGCCGGCGGCGCAGGCGGGGCGCAGUGCCCGUCGUGCGCGGUGGACGGGUGCAAGGCCGACCUCAGCAAGUGCCGCGACUACCACCGCCGCCACAAGGUCUGCGAGGCGCACUCCAAGACGCCCGUCGUCGUCGUCUCCGGCCGCGAGAUGCGCUUCUGCCAGCAGUGCAGCAGGUUUCACUUACUCGCAGAGUUUGAUGACGCUAAGCGUAGCUGUAGAAAGAGGCUUGAUGGGCACAACCGGCGUCGCAGGAAGCCACAGCCAGAUACCAUGAACUCUGGGAGCUUUAUGACGAGUCAACAAGGCUUAUUUUCGAGUGCAGGGACAAGGUUCUCGUCAUUCCCGGCUCCAAGGCCGGAGGCGAGCUGGUCUGGGGUCAUCAAGUCCGAGGACAGCUCAUACUACACGCACCACCAGGUCCUCAGCGCCAGGCCGCACUUCGCCGGCUCGGCGGCGGCGGCCUACUCCAAGGAAGGGCGGCGCUUCCCGUUCCUCCAGGACGGCGACCAGGUCAGCUUCGGCGCUGGCGCGGCGGCGGCGGCGCUCGAGGCCUCCACGGCGUGCCAGCCCCUCCUCAAGACGGUGGCACCCCCGCCGCCGCCGCCCGAGAGCAGCAGCAGCAACAAGAUCUUCUCCGACGGGCUCACCCCCGUGCUCGACUCGGAUUGUGCUCUCUCUCUUCUGUCAUCCCCCGCCAACUCCUCCAGCGUCGACGUCAGCCGCAUGGUCCAGCCGACGGAGCACAUCCCCGUGGCGCAGCCCCUCGUCCCCAACCUGCACCAGCACCAGCAGCAGCACCACCACCACCAGUUCGGCGGCUCCCCCGGCUGGUUCGCCUGCUCGCAGGCCGGCUCCAGCGGCGUCACCGCCGCCGCGGGCGCCGGCGGGUUCGCCGCCUGCCCCGGCGGCGUGGAGGGCGAGCCGCUGAACACCAUCCUGGUCCCGAGCUCCGACGGCCACGAGAUGAACUACCACGGCAUCUUCCACGUCGGCGGCGAGGGCUCCUCCGACGGGACGUCCCCGUCGCUCCCCUUCUCGUGGCAGUAGCUCCUCUCUCGGUGGCCAGUAGUGUGACCUCGAGUUCUCGCGUUGUGUAGUUGUUCAGCUGUAGCGAUCAUCAGUUCCCCCUGUUCUUUCCGUGUUUAUUCUCUGCUCCCCCCGUUCUAUUUCUCCAGUCAUUUGUUCGUUCCUUCGUUUUGCCUUCAUGGUUCAACCUGGGGAAAACUCGCAUAAAAUCAGUGCUAAAUUUUCUGGAAUCGUUUCGAUAU